CUCAUUAUUACUCAAAAAUUUAUAAAAGGAAAAAAACCUAAUUAAUUAACCAACACAAAAAGAGAGAAAAUAGAUAUAUAGAACAGAACACAAUGACCACCGGAAAUGAAAUACUGAAGCACCUAUCUUCUAUUGCAAACGACGUCGUUCAACGUUGCGCCUUGACAGUGGGGAUUUCGGUGGAGGAAUUGGUUGAAGAAUUUGAGAGUAGUUUUUUUGAUAAUAAUAAUAAUAAUGAGGAGGAGGAGCAUGGGAGUUAUGGUGAGGGGUAUUCCAGGGGAUUGGUGGAGUAUUGUGGUGGGAAAGCUGUGAAAGAGUUUUGUCAAAAGAUUGAUCAAACUAUUGGUGAUGGCUCUUUUGCUAGAUUUACAUUUGAUCUCAUGCUUGCUUGGGAACUCCCUUCACAAGCCCAUCAACAAGCUCGUACGGAAAAUAUUGGAAAGGAAAGAGAAGACAAGUAUAUGCCACCAAAAGCAACUAUGGAACAAGAUGACAUCUCUCUUUUCUAUUCAGACAUUAUGCCACUUCUUGUUGAUAAUGAGCCAAGUGUUGGAGAAGAAGCUUUUGUAUGGUUUGGAUCUUUGGUUGUAUUAGUUACAGAUGUUGUUAAUGGAGGAUUUACCUUUGAAUCUCUCACAGCUUCAACUAGAAACCGCCUCCAUUUUCCUGCAUACGAUAAAUUCUUGAAGGAAAUCGACAAAUCCAUGAAACACUUGCAAAAACAAGAAAUUCCAUGUGGCGUGGAGCUCGGUGACGAUGAAUUCAUACUACAUGUCGAAGGAACCGCUAGUUCGAGUAGAGUUGUACGCCAUAUUGGUGGAACUAGUUGGCCUGGUAGACUUACACUAACAAACUAUGCUCUUUACUUUGAGGCAUCUGGAGUAAUAUCAUAUGAAGAUGCACUUAAGAUAGAUUUCUCAAAGAACAUAGAACAGAGUGUGAAACCGAUCGCUACAGGGCCUUGGGGUGCCCCGCUCUUCAACAAGGCGAUAAUUUACGAGUCAUCGGAGUUAACAGAUGGAAUUGUAAUAGAGUUUCCCGAGUUAACUAGCUCGACGAGACGCGAUCAUUGGCUUGCGUUGACAAGGGAGAUUCUUCUCUUACACCAAUUUCUAUCCACAUUCGAUGUUAAGUGUCCGAUCCAAGCAUGGGAGAUGCACGCGAGGACGAUACUUAGUAUCAUAAGGCUCCACGCAGCACGAGAGAUGCUUAAAUUAUCGCCCCCUGAUCCAACGAAAUUCUUGAUUUUCGCCUUAUUUGAUAAAAUACCGAAGGGUGAUUAUGUACUAGAAAAGAUAGCCGAGAGUCUUAAGACGGCGAGUCCAGGGCAUUCGUGUAGUGCUAGCUCGCUCUUGAGGAGGAUGAAUGUGAGAGAAGCAAUGAUCUCGAGUUUAGAAGAUGAAGUUACUAAAGAAAGUUUAAGAGGUCCAUUGGACAACAUUACUUCACUCGAAAGCGCUAUAAAUAAAGCUAGAGAAGAAGAGAAGGAAAGUGCUGUAGCGAAAGCCACUACAACGCAUUUGAAAGAGGAAGGAAUAACCGAAAGCACUAUGGUUUUGAUGGAGCUGCUUAAGCCGGUUAAAACUGUCUUGCCUCGGUUUCAAGAAAUCCUAAUGUGGGAAAAACCGGUAACUACUCUCAAUGUGAUGGCUUCGGCUCUAAUGAUCACAUACAAGGAGUGGGUCGGGAAGGGAAUAGCAGUUUUCUUGUUUUGGGUGGUGGCGUACAUGAUCAAGGCGAGACGAAACAGGCUCGGGGAGAGAUGCAACGAGAUAGUAGUUUCCAAAUCGUCUGAUAAGAGCACGAGCACGAGGGAAAGUGUGGUAACAGCUCAACAUAAAUUGGUAUCGAUUUUUGAUUUAGUGCAGGAAGCAAACAUAGCAUUGUUGAAAAUUCAAUCCAUCUUCUUAUCAAAGGCCCCAAAGCAUGCGGAUAUGGUGAUGGUGGCUCUAAUUGGAUUGGGUGUGAUAGUGGCUGUGAUACCAACAAAGUAUAUAAUAAUGGGAUUGAUUUUGUAUUGUUUCAUUAUGACAUCAAAAUUAACCCAAAAGUUUGGAAACAACCAAGGAGGAAAUAGAAGAUUGAAAGAAUGGUGGGAUUCGAUUCCAGUUAUUCCUGUAAGAGUGGUAGACAAAGUGCCUGAAUCUUCAUCUUCUACAUAGUGGAAUUGGUCAAAUACUACAGCUAUGGAAAUGAGAGACCAUUAUAGAUUUUCACACAGGAUCAUUUUCUAUACUUUUUCUAUUUUGAAUAAAAUCCAAAGAGAUGGAAACUUGGAAAAAGUUGUUUUUUUGUAUGAAUAAAAUAAAGUAGGAUUCUAAAGAAGAAACACAAACACAGGAAUAGUAAAUGUAUGUUGUGUUGUAUGUAAUUCAGUUGAGAGCAGAAUAUUAAAUUUUGGCAUAUUAAGGAUAAUUGAAAGAGAAUUGGUACAAGGCGCCACACCUUAUGUGCCUAACAUCUUAUGACAUGCGUGUGGUUUAGGGAAUUUUUUGCAAUGGG